CGCUAAGAGUCAACCUGUCAACCUUGCUACUUUUCGAAACAGGCAUGGCCAUGCAACUCGGCUGUUAAUUACGCAAACCUCUCUUUUCUACGACUGCGAGACCGCUGGACAGCAGAAGCGAACCGUCCGCCGGACACCCUUUAAUUUCAAAUAAGCGACAGCAUGCUGAGAUAACGAUUGGAAAAUUGUCGGGAGAGGAAGGAGCAAUGGCAUCGAUCAGCUCGUCCGCAGGGCCCUCGGCAGCCCGUCCGAAAGUUUUGACCUCUGUCUUCAGCCACGUCAAGUACGAGCACCUUCUGGCCGGAGUUUCGGGUGGCGUGGCUUCCACCCUCAUCCUGCACCCCCUCGAUCUCAUCAAAAUCAGAUUCGCAGUGAAUGAUGGACGAGUUGCGAGUCGGCCGCAGUACCACGGCAUGUCCGGGGCGAUGACCACCAUAAUCCGGACAGAAGGGGUGCGAGGUCUCUACCGGGGUGUGACCCCCAACGUCUGGGGCUCGGGUAGUGCGUGGGGCUUCUACUUUUUGUUCUACAACACAAUCAAGACGUGGAUCCAGGGCGGCAACUCUAAGGUGCCUCUGGGACCCAGUCUGCACAUGCUGGCUGCGGCUGAAGCGGGAGUGCUCACGCUCGUGAUGACCAAUCCUAUUUGGGUCGUCAAAACUAGGCUGUGUCUGCAAUAUGGUAUGGAGGGCAGCCAAGGCUUGAAAGUCUACAGUGGCAUGAUGGACGCCUUGAAAUCCAUCUACAAGCAGGAGGGCAUCCGAGGUCUCUACAAGGGUUUUGUUCCCGGCAUGUUUGGCGUUUCACACGGCGCUCUGCAAUUCAUGACUUAUGAGGAGAUGAAAAAUCGCUACAACCAAUACAGAAAGCUGCCAAUCGACACUAAAUUUUCAACAUCGGAAUACCUCAUGUUUGCCGCCUUCUCGAAACUGGUGGCGGCUGCGACGACAUACCCGUACCAGGUGAUCAGGGCGCGACUUCAAGACCAGCACAUUGUCUACAAGGGCUCCUGGGACUGCAUUUUGCAAACUUGGAGAUUUGAGGGAGCCAAGGGUUUUUACAAAGGCUUGGUUCCUAAUUUGAUUCGAGUCGUCCCAGCCACUGCCAUCACGUUUGUCACCUAUGAGAAUGUUUCUCGAAAGCUUUUGGAUAGGAACAAGCGUGUUGAGGGAGAAACCAAAAAUUCGAGCGCAUAAGAUGACACUUGCCAAAAAUCCAAAUAAAUAUUCCUACUUUCAGUUAUACCCUGUGAUGUAGUAAACGCUUUUUCGACACUUGUCAUCUAUUGCGAUAGAAAUGGAUCAUUUGUGUGUGCCUGUAGUGUAAUAGAGGAGUCAGUAUGGUGGUGCUUGUAGAAUGACAAAGAACCAUUAAACAAAUUAAAAUUACAAAACUAUCUUAACUCUAAUUCCAAACCUUACACAUAACACGCACACAAGGAAUAAAAAUAUUUUUUA